UAGCCUCUUCACAGACGCCGCUCUUCAGAACUAGGGUUUAUUCUCUGUCAUAAAACUCUUUCAAUCCAUGGCUAUAUCUCAGCUCAGAGCCGGUGUUAUUAGAGGACUUCCUCCGAACAUAUCAUUCACGCCUCAGCUCUCAAUCCCUUACUCAUCAGAUCUUACUUUCGGUAUGAAUUACUUCAAUAAUUCUGUUCAUGUCACAACUCCAAACACAAUGCCUCAUGCUUAUUCCGCGCAAAACGAUUUAAUCAACGGGGCAAGCCCAAUUUUUAAUAAUGCAGGGGGUGUUGCUGUGAGUAACACGAGUGCAAGUCGUGCUGGACGCCCUCGUGGAUCCCGGAAUAAACCCAGAGGAGAGGAUUCUGCACCCAUUACGGUUAUUUUGAAGGUGCCACGUGGCGUUGAUCUGAUUGAUUGGGUGGUCAGUUAUGCCAGCUCAAAGAAGGCUCAUCUCACUAUUCUCUGUGGAAGUGGAAAUGUGCUUCGGGCUGAUCUGAGUCACAUGGGGUCUCAGGCUCCUCCGAUAACAUUUACUGAACCACUUAGCCUGAUUACUAUGUCAGGGAUGUUUUUGUUCUCUGGCUCGAAAGACGGUCCUCUUGCCUUGUUUAAUGUCACAUUGGGCAGACUCAGCGGGGACAUCGUUUCGGGUACUGCAGUCAGUAUGAUAACCAUGGAUGAGGUCACGUUGACUGCAACUGUUUUCUACAAUCCAGAAAUGUUGGCUGUUAGGGCUACCGAGGAAAUGGCUAUGGAGUCCAAUUACAAUCUGUUGAGUGGAAGGAACUUGAAAUGGUCUGUGGUCCUGAGUUUCGAACCAGGGACUGAUGUGAUCAAGGCCUUGGUACAAUUUGCGAGGUACUAUUCUCUGAAUUUUUCGGUUCUUUGUUGUAGCGGACUUGUAUCAGAAGUUGACAUUGGUAAUUCGAGGUCCCAUCCCCUGUCUGUAGAUGUUUUGGGAAAUUUUCAGAUAAUUUCGUUUUCAGGGACCUGUAAUGGUCGCGUUGCUAAUUCUCUGGAUGACAUUCAGAAGUCUUUUGUUGUUUCGAUGGUGAGUCAGAAUAAUGUUCUUACAAAUGGAACAGUGGUUAAGAGCAUGAAAGCGGCUAGUUAUGUUACUGUAGUCGCGUUAGCAAAGGAUGCUUAAUUUUAUGUGUUUGAAUUGGAUAGCGUCUGAGGUCCAUUAUCAUUGCUCUGUAUGAAUUAAGUUGAAUUUUUUUGCUUCUGAUAUAUCAUAAUAUUGUAUUGGUUUGAAGUUAUGCGUGCUUGAAAUA